AUGUACCCCAGCCCAUUAGCUGUGUCCUCCAGAAAACUCACCGACAAUGUCGUGCUUUCCGCAACAGGAUUCAAAAUGAAGAACCGUGUCAAUUUCGGAGCACGUAUGGCUCUUUUUCGUUUUGGAGACUCUGGUGGUCUGGAGGUCAACAAAGCCUUGGAAUUGCUCACGGGCCAGACAACUGAUUUUAACGUCACCCACCUCAUUGUGCCCAACAGUGAGCAUACUAUGGCAGUUGCCUCAUUCAAAAAAGCAUUCCCUAUGUUGAAGAUUAUCGCCAUGGAAAGUGUCCAAUUGGGUAAAGGCGUCUCGCCUGACUAUGUCAUGACCUCCAAGUAUGGCAACAAGAAACUUGGCGCCGAAGCCUUGAGAGAAAUCGGUGUUCAGGAACCUGAAAUCUUGGAGAAUUUCGAGUUUGUUUACCUUCCUAGUAACAAAGAGCUUGUUACUUACCAUAAGGAGUCCAAGGCCGUGUUCGAGGCUGACAUCCUUUUCAACUUACGCUCAGACGUACCCAUGGAACAAUUCAGUCCUGCCACUGGCUUUCCUAAGAACUACCAUCCAUUUUCAGGAAUGUCCUUCCCUGCCAGGUUCCUCAAUGCAGACAGUAAAAUGGGACGUUUCCUUCCUCGCAAAAUGGUCAACGCCAAGGCGUCUGCCAAGGGGCUUCAGGCAAUCAACGCCUGGAAUUUCGACACGAUUGUCAUGUGCCAUGGAAAUGUCAUGGAGAAAGGCGGAAAAGCUGCCUUUAAGAAGGUCUACCUGAGUGUUUUGAACUGA